AUGAACGCACCGAGCUUACUUUGUUUUAUUUACUUCCUUACAUUCGCAACCCUUUCGAGCACAGAAGAAUCGAAUAUAAAAAACUCGUCAGAUGUGAAUAAAUAUGAAAUAUAUGAUGGUGUGUACGUGACAAUACCGGAAAAGAAUGACGUUAAUAAUAAAAUUAUCUCCCUUGAAAUCAACGCAAACAGGAAUGAAGAAACAGGUCGCGGUAAACAAAAGAAGUUGAUGCAGAAGCUGCUGCCUCUCUUUAUCAUGCCGUUUGUACUUCAGUCUACCAUCGUACCCUUAUUCCUUGGAGUGCUCAAGUUCAUGCUAUUCAAAUCCUUGAUGAUCGGAAAGUUGGCUUUGGUUCUAAUUAUAAUAAACGCCUUCAAGAACAGCAACUCUUUCAAAGGAAGGCAGGACGAAGAUAUAGCUAAAAUACAUUACGGUUACCAUGGACACGGGAUGGAUGAAUACGGAUCAUAUUUCAACUCGUGAGAUUACCAGAUAUUUUAGAAGUUGUUCCUUCAACAAAUUGCAGAUGGCCAAAGAUUUAAAAAAUAUUCAUACUCAAUAACAAUAAG